CUCUCUUUUCUCUCUCCCCCUCUAUUUACUUGGUCGCCAGGAACACACGGCUUUGCUGGCUUUAGACUUUGCUCUUUUUUAAUUUUGCUUGUUGUUUAUACUGUUCUCGUUGAUACCCUUUAUUCGUCGCUCGUGUUCGUUGGGGAUCUUACUCUCUACUUCCUACUAUCAUGUCGAAAGCGGACGUUGACCUCUAUGAGGUCUUGGGCAUUGACAAGAGUGCCAGCAAGGAUGACGUCCGGAAGGCUUAUCGCAAGGCCGCCCUAGCAAACCACCCCGACAAAGUCCCCGAAGCCGAAAGAGAAGAAGCAGAGGUUCGAUUCAAGGCCGUGCAGGAAGCCUACGACAUCCUCUACGACGAAGAAAAGCGUGAAAUCUAUGAUACCCACGGAAUGGGCGCUUUCAACGGCUCCGGUGAACCGGGUAUGGGCGCGGGCCCUGAUCUGGAUGAUAUUCUUGCGCAGAUGUUCGGUGGUAUGGGAGGUAUGGGAGGUAUGGGCGGCAUGGGCGGCAUGCCCGGUGGACCGCAUGCGCGUAAGCCGCGCAAGAGCCCGGAUGAGGAGCAGAAGUAUGAGGUUCGCCUGGAGGAUCUGUACAAGGGCAAGACAGUCAAGUUUGCUAGUACGAAGAACGUGAUUUGCUCUCAUUGUCAGGGCAAGGGUGGUAAGGAGAGGGCGACGGCCAGGAAGUGCUCCACUUGCGAUGGUGAAGGUUACAAGCAAAUUUUGCGCCCGAUGGGUCAGUUCCUGUCUCCGGCUAUGGUGCCCUGCCCUACCUGUAACGGAGCGGGUGACUACUUUGUCGACAAGGAUAAGUGCAAGAAGUGCAAGGGCAAGAAGACCACCGAGGCCAAGAAGAUGCUGGAGAUCUACAUCCCUCGCGGGGCGAGGGAAGGAGACAAGAUCAUCCUCGAGGGCGAGGCCGACCAGGUGCCGGGUCAGGAACCUGGAGAUAUCGUUUUCCACAUCGUGGAAGAGGAGCAUGAGACUUUCCGAAGGGCUGCUGCCGACCUGACAGCAACAAUCGAUGUUACGCUGGCCGAGGCCCUGACGGGCUUCUCCCGGGUGGUGGUCAAGCACCUUGACGGUCGCGGAAUCGAAAUCCAGCACCCCAAGACCCCCGGUGAGGUUCUUUACCCGGGCCAGGUCCUGAAGGUUCCUGGUGAGGGUAUGCCCAUCAAGCGCAGCGAUGCUCGCGGCGACCUGUACCUGGUCGUCAACAUUAAGUUCCCCGACGGGCAAUGGAAGCCCAGCCCUGCUGUUCUGGAGCAGCUCAAGGAACUGUUGCCCAAGCCGGAACCCCCCAUUCAGGCUGACACCGUGGACGAGGUGGAAUUCGACCCCAAGGGCAACCUAGAUGACUUUGGGGCGCAUGACCCCGAAGGGGGUUCUGCCUGGGAGGAUGACGAUGAGGGUGAGACAACUGCUCAGUGUGCGACGCAGUAGACUCUUGGCAUGCUUAUGCUUUCUCUGUAUCUGUUUUGCCUCUGCUCCUUCUUUUGUUUUUGUCCUUUUCAAGGACAUUAUACCUCUCUGCUUGUUCACCUCAUGAUGAUAGACUCGUUGGCUGCUUCUGGAUCAGCUCCCCUCUCGCAUCGUGGGCGUUUCGGGUCAACUUUUAUGGAUUGAUCGAUGAGACAAAUAUAGUUUUAUGAUGGGAAUGAUGAUUGUUGAGUGUGCAACUCUUGGUGCCGUCCAAUGUAGACAAAUGACCUUGUGCAGAGAGCUUCUUAAUCUGAGUCAUGACUCCUAUCAGCCAAUGAACCACCGAUGCGCCUACGAUUUUGUGACUACGGAGAAAGACAUCGGUGGACAUGCUGACGCAUACAUAUCCAGGAGCAUGUCAUGGCAUGUCGAGGGACUGACUUUGUUGGAAGGAACAUAAAAGGACCGUC